AUGCCAAUCUCUGCCCGCGAUCGCGCGGCCUAUCGCGCCGACGAUGCGUUGGACCAUAAAUUCUUGACCGACAAAGAUAGGGAUAGAAUCCUUCACGCACAUCUGCCCAAUCCAAACGAAAUUCCGACGGUUGCCGCCUCCAAGAGCCAGUCACAGCGCCGAUCUAGGCUUGGAGUGCGCCGAUUCCUGAAAAACCAGCUUUACGCGCUGGUGUUUGCCAUUCUGCAUGGUCUAUUCUCCCUCUACAUUCGCGUGCGCCAGGCCAUUCACGUAGUCAGCUAUCAAAUAUCCUCCGUCCUGUACUAUCACCACGGUACCCCCGAGUACAUUCGACGCGACGUGGUGGGACUGGGCCGGAAGCCGAAUCAUCUCAGCGUCAUCCUCAAGGCCGAGGAGAACCAACGCCCAAAGGCAGAUCUCGACCGCCUAAUCGAGGAGACGGCAGAAUUGGCCGCCUGGUGUGCUAGCGGGGAGAUCCCCAUGCUCUCGGUAUAUGAAAAGACAGGUCUCCUGAAGAAGCACAUGCCGCGAGUUUAUGAGGCCGUCAUGCAAAAAUUCACCUUCUACUUUGCUGGCCAACACCCUAGCCUCUCCCUCUCGUCUCCUCAUAAGGAUGCCUACUCGUCGCCAGCUCUCCCCGGCGGCAAGCACGGCCAUUUGAAACUGCACCUCAUUUCUGCGCAGGAUGGCCGAGAAUCCAUCGUCGAUCUGACUAGGACACUGGCGGAAAUGUCGCAGAGAGGAAAGAUUUCUCCGCGAGACAUCUCCAUGGAACUGAUUGAUGCAGAGCUUUCCGAGGGAAUCAUGCCUGAGCCAGAUCUUCUGGUUCUGUUCAGCCCCAACGUUGAGUUGUCUGGCUAUCCUCCUUGGCAGAUUCGCCUGACAGAAAUAUUUUGCCUCCAAGACAACGAAGGAUUCGGCUACCAGGUGUUCUUGAAGGCUCUUCGGAAAUACUCCAAAGCCCAAAUGCGUCACGGCAGGUGA